AAAAUAGGUUUGGAGGAGAGGUUUUUCUUGGGUCCAGUUUCAGGUUCCAGCUGAGUUGGCUUUAGGAAACUUGUUUGCUCCUGUUGCAAGAAUAAAGUGAGGAUAAAUAAUUUCUUAUUCUGCCUUCAGCGUUAAUUUUUGGUGACAUCGACACAGUCUCUCUGUGGAAAUUGAGCACUAAUGUUAUGGCUGAUGACACAGAGACUAAGCAUGGAGGAGGCAAGAAUGGAAAGAAGGAAGGCCUUUCUGGAAGCUCAUUUUUCACCUGGUUUAUGGUAAUUGCAUUGCUGGGAGUAUGGACAUCAGUAGCAGUUGUCUGGUUUGAACUUGUAGAUUAUGAAGAAGUUCUAGGCAAGCUUGGGAUGUAUGAUGCUGAUGGAGAUGGAGAUUUUGAUGUGGAAGAUGCUAAAGUGUUGCUAGGUGAGGAACCAGGAGGGGUAGCCAAGAAAAAAACUAAAGUCAAAGUAAAAGACACUAUAAAAGAAUCGCUCAAGAAAUUGAGGGAGAAGCAGGAAUCCAAGAAGGAAGACAUCAAAGAUGAGGAAGAAAAAAAGAAAGCCAGGAGGGGAAAAGAUGCUACUGAUCGGAAAGACAAGAAAGCUGUUGAUCUGAGUAAAUUAAAGAAAGAUUCUGACAAAGCUAAAAGGGACAGAGAAAAGGAAAAAGGCCUAGAUAAGAGUGUAAAAUCCAAGGAUGCUACAAAAAAAUCAGCCAGUGAAAAGGAUGGUACUAUGCAGGCGGGAAAAGACAAAGAAACAAAAAAGAUAGCUAAAAACCCAUCCAAGGAAGACAAGAAAGAAAAGAAAUAAACAGAGUUCGGGUUCUGCUAAUGAGGAACAGGCCUCAAGAAUGAAAAAUCCAGCAUACUUUUAUGAGAGUGGUAAACAUGGCAAGAAGAGAAUGUUACCUGAAAAUAAGUACUAAUAAAUGCUAAAUACAAUAUUUUUUUUGAAAACUGUUACACACAUAGUGGCAUUGUAAUAACAAAACAAAAUUUCUGCUGUGAAACUCAAAUAUGUACAAAUGUUGGUAUGCCUGGCUAACAACAUGUAUUGAAAGCAGAAUGUCAAAUCAUUUCAUCUGGUGGGUUUUCUUUUUUCUUCUUUUUUUUCCUUGUAUUAAAAUGCUAUUUUCUUGGUGUGAGGAUGAAAAGGUAAUAUUGUAUAUCAAAUGCAAGUUUAAGAGCAAUAUUGAGAAGAAUGUCUGGACACACAGUGGAAACUCCAAUAUUUCUGUUUCACAAAAACAGCCAAGAUGAUCAUCAGUGAAUAUAUUGUCAUAGGAGCUUAGCAAAUAGAUGUAAAUUAUUCCCUGCUAAACUUUUUUUCCCCCUACGUAGAUCAAGAAAACCAUUUCAUACACAAACAGAGUAACUUUAGGCCUAUUUAUGAGACUUAGCCAAAAUGUUGCAACACUUCUGUUUAUUGAUCCUGUGACAAUAUGUUCUGCUUUUUUUCCUCUGUCCUUCCUUUCUUUAAUUUUCAACUACGUUUAAGUCUGAAAACUUGAUUCAUUUGUCACUUUUCAGAUAAUUGUUCUGAUUUUUCCAAGUUACCAAGCUUCUAAUAAUGAAUGCUUUUGAAAAUCAGGCCACCUAUUUCAUCAUUGAUGGGUAUUUUUAAAUUCCAGUAUCAUUUUAAGAAGUGAUUUGCUACUACAACUGUAUUAUGGGUGAAUGUGGUUAGAAAACAAAUUAGGUAUUUUUGCAGCUAUUAUUUUCUUCAAACACUGCUUUUCAAAUACAUUAUACUUUUGUAAACAAGUUCUUGUGUUAGUUUGCUCUUACAGCUUGUGUAUUCUUUUUGCACCAAGGAAUGAUUUAUACAGCAGUCUCAUUAGAAUAAAUAGUUACAAAACAUUUCUGCAGAGAUACCUCAGUAUGCUAUUGAAUCUAUACUUGCUUCCAAGUUUACAUGGGAAAGCAGUAUUUUCUAAUUCUAUGAGACAGAUAAUAUUGCUUGGUAUAUUGAAAUAUUAAUUGCACAAUAAAAUUGCAUAAGAUUCAGAACAAAACUUGUAAUGAAAGUUGAAGAUUUAUUAUUGUCAUACUUUUAAAGAAAACAAAACUAAGGCAUGAAAUUGAGCAUGAGUAUAUGCAUGUGGGUAACGAUGUGAGAUUUAAGUCCUGAAGGUUGAUUCUGUUCAUGGUUUUUGCUUAAAUUUUGUGAAUAACAGUGUGCAAUACACUUAUCUCAGACUUUCAGUACAUCCCGUGUUUCUGUAAGAUGUGGUAAUAGGGUAAGAUAUAAAAUUAAUUUUAUUUUUUUAGAGGAAACUUAGGACAAUAGGUGAAAUUAAAGCUGUAGAAAGUAGCAUAAUAGUUUAAGAUUCUAGCUGUGAUAAUUUGCAGAGAUGAUAUACUGAGCUAUUUUCUAAAUAUUUAUAUAUGUGUGAAGAGGAAUGGAAAAGAUAUGUGUGUUAUGAGCAUUGUAGUGCUUAGCAAAAGCACAUCUUGACAGAAUGAAGAUCUAAUAAAUUUACUUGCAUAAUGAGCAUUCUCUUCUAGGUUUUAGUCCUGAUAGACAUGUUCAUCUUUGUCCUGAUAAGCAUUAAGAUCUAUAUUUUACAGGGGAGCACUCAAAUCACACUUCUCAAGAACUGUAGCAUGGUGAUAACAGUGUUUUUUAUUUUCUCCCCUAAUGUAAUAGAAGUUGUAGCUGUCUGGGAGUGAAAUUUGGAAUGAGUUGUCUUUCUGAUUAAUAUAUCUUUGAUCCAAAGUUUAUCUGGUGCUAAAAGAGUUUUUAUAAUUUUAUUUUUCCAAAGAGCCUUUUACUUAAGCAGCACUCUAAGCUAUACAGAAAGUCACACAAUAAAAUGAGAUUUUUUUGACCCAUA